AUGGUUGAAAAACGUUGUAGGCAAAGUUCCAGUAGUGGUUCAGAAUUUAGUAUUCCGCCUGAUGUCGAUAACCCACCCCUUUCUAUCCCUCUGAAAACUUUAUCUGACAGAUAUCAACUGAUCGAAAAAUUGGGUGCAGGAUCAUUUGGUUGCGUAACCUUGGCCAAGGCACAAUUCCCUUUGUCGAAUAUAUUGGGUAGACAACAGCAAGACGUAAGGGGCACUUUAAUGGACCAGCCUGAAAAUGGGCACCAAAACUAUGUAACUAAGACACAGGGUGUUGUGGCCAUAAAGACGAUGAUGACAAAAUUGCACACACUACAAGAUUACACCAGGGUUCGAGAAGUUAAGUUUAUCCUGGCUAUCCCAGCAAAUGAUCAUCUGAUACAAAUUUUUGAAGUUUUCAUUGAUUCUGAAAAUUAUCAGCUACAUAUUGUAAUGGAAUGUAUGGAACAGAACUUGUAUCAAAUGAUGAAACAUAGAAGACGUCGAGUUUUUUCCAUUCCUUCCUUAAAAUCUAUCCUAUCGCAAAUAUUGGCUGGGUUAAGGCACAUUCAUCAACACAAUUUCUUCCACAGAGAUCUAAAGCCUGAGAAUAUUCUCAUCACACCAAGUACCCAGUAUUUUGAAAAGGAGUAUAUGAACCAGAUAGGAUACCAAGAUAAUUAUGUUAUCAAACUGGCAGACUUUGGCUUAGCGCGUCACGUCGAAAACAAAAACCCAUAUACCGCCUACGUUUCCACAAGGUGGUAUAGGUCACCUGAAAUAUUGUUAAGAAGUGGAUACUACUCCAAACCCUUGGACAUUUGGGCGUUCGGGUGCGUGGCAGUGGAAGUGACUGUUUUCAGAGCUCUUUUCCCCGGCGCUAAUGAAAUAGAUCAGAUCUGGAAAAUUCUUGAAGUUCUUGGUACACCUAUCAAAAGUCCUGACACUAGUAGUGCCAAUCAUAUAGUUACUCCACCGCCUGGUGGGUUUUGGGACGAUGCCGGUAACUUGGUUCAUAAAUUGAACCUGAAACUACCUUAUGUGGAGGGUUCUUCGUUGGAUCAUCUGCUUUCCAGUUCCCAAUUAUCUGAUUUGUCCGAUGUUGUCAAAAAGUGUUUGAGAUGGGAUCCUAGUGAGAGAGCGACGGCUCAAGAGCUUUGUGAAAUGCCAUUUUUUGAAAGUACUGUGGCAUCUCAAAUAGAUACGAGAACGGAUAUAACUAACACAGAACAAGCACUGAUUUUUGCAGGGAUAAACCCAGUGGCAGCAAACACAAAGCCAUUAUACUUUAAUUCUGCAGCCAAAUUACCAGUUGAAGCGGAGUCUCAUGGUAUCGACCUCAGCAAUAACAAUAAGAAUUCUCAAGCAAUGCCCUCACCAACUAUAAAUCAAGAAAAACUAACCUUGGUGGAAUUUUUAAACGAGUUCGUUGAAGAAGAUAAUGAUGAUCACUCUAUACCUGACGUGGGUACAGAUUCCACUAUCUCAGAUUCUAUUGAUGAGACCGAGUUAUCAAAGGAAAUCCGUAACAAUCUAGCCCUUUGUCAAUUACCAGCUGAAGAAGUCUUGGAUCAUUCGUUGUCGAAUAUUAGACAGUUGACAAAUGAUAUUGAGAUUAUAAAUAAAGAUGAAGCGGACAAUAUGGAACAGUUAUUUUUUGACUUAGAGAUUCCCGAACAAGAUGAAUUUCACAAAAGGCAACCGUUUAAUGAACACGCCGAUAUUGAUGAAGAUGUCGUCCUACCAUAUGUAAACAACUCGAAUUAUACACAUACGGAUAAGUCAUAUCAUAAGGGUAGUACUUUUUUGGGUGAUGCAUCCUUAGGCGAUUCAUUCAAUUCAAUGCCAGAUUUUACUCCAAGAAAUUUCUUGAUACCUACAUUAAACAAAUCACAGGAAAAGUUUGAGACCCAUUUAUCAAAUCCAAAUCAGCAUUUUGGGAAUGUAACCUUUUAG